AAAAUGACAAAACGUAAAAAAAAAGCACAACAAGAAGAUUUCAAAAAACAAAAAUUAAAAGUUGGUAAAGCCAAACCAAAGGCUAGCAAUUUUACUAACACCUCAUUUAAAUCAAGAGCAAUAUCAUUACCAAAUCAAAGUAUCACUGAAGAUAAGUCGAAUCUAAUAACUAAUACAAGAAAACUAUCAUUAAGUGAAUUGCUAACGCAAUUAAGACAUUAUAAUUCUAGAACAAGAAAAGAUGCAAUUCAGGGUCUUGGGGAUCUUUUUCAUGCAUAUCCAAAUAUAUUAUCGCAUUCGUUAUCCAUCUCAAUAAACUCACUUGUUCGAUUAAUUUCCGAUGAAGCAGAAUUAAGACCAUUUAUUCCACUUCUUAUCUUAUUCACAUGUUCUGCAAUGUCCAGUAUACAUGAAGAUAUACGUAUAGAUUCCAUUAAAUUUAUGAAUAUAUGGCUUACGUUAGCACCUGAUAUUGUAGUAGAUCAAUUCUGGGAAAAGAUAAAAAUUUCUAAAUUUUACAGGCAUGUCAUCAAAUUUAACACAACAAUAAACACAGCAAUAGCUAAAGAAAAAAUUGGUGCCAUACCGGGAUUUUUUGUCGGAGGAGUAGCUGCCUGUGGUGCAGUCACAUUCACUAAUCCGUGGGAGGUGGUUAAAACACGAUUACAACUUCAAGGUGAAUUGGCUCGUGGUAAUUCUAAUUAUAUAAAACCUUACACAAAUGUAUUUCAAGCAUUUUCCAUGAUAGUUAGACGUGAAGGCUUGCGAGGAAUUCAAAAAGGCAUAGGGCCUGCAUACGUAUAUCAACUUGUGAUGAAUGGUUCACGUUUAGGUUUUUAUGAUCCAAUACGUAACUCGUUGAUAGGAUUUCUCAAUGUAUCAAAUACAUCUAUGCCUAUAAGUAUAUUAUCAGGUGGACUGGCAGGAGUUAUCGGAGCGGCAUUAGGAUCACCGUUUUACCUGGUGAAAACCAGAAUGCAAUCCCAUUCACAACAUAUUAUGGCAGUUGGACAUCAACAUUCUUACAAAAAUACAUUUGAUGCAUUGAAACAAAUUAGUAAGAAAGGGGGCAUCAAAGAUUUGUUUAGGGGUGUGGACGCAGCAAUGCUGAGAACAGGAGUUGGUUCGGCUACUCAGUUGUCAAGUUAUUUCUAUAUAAAAAGGUGGACGAUACAGGAAACAGGAUUGACUGAUUCUGAUAUUUUAGUUCAUGUGUUUUCAAGUCUUUUGAGUGGUCUUUGUGUAUGCACAGCAAUGAAUCCUUUUGAUGUUAUUAGCACACGAAUGUAUAAUCAAAAAGUUGAGAAAAACUGUUUUAUUAAAACAGUCAGGACAGAAGGAAUCUUUGGAUUGUAUAAAGGAUUUGUGGCUCAUUACUUUAGAAUUGGGUAG